GGAGGGAGCAUAUGCCCUAGCUGGUUACUGUCACUCUCCAACUUAACAUCCCUAACCUUCUAUCGGUGCCCUGAAGUGGAGUAUCUGCCCCCUUUGGGCGCCCUGCCCUCCCUCGAAGAGCUUCACUUGCGUGGCAUGGGUAAAGUGAAGAAGGUUGGCCUUGAGUUCAUGUUGGAGACCAGUGUGAUACAACAGCAGCUACAGAUGGGUAACAACAAAGGCCGUAAUAUUAUUGCAUUCCCUAAGCUCAAGCUGCUUAGUUUUUCGUGGAUGUGGGAUUGGGAAGUGUGGGAUUUAGAAGGUGAUGAUCAGGAAGCCGGGAUUCUCAGCUCGAUGACGGUCAUGCCCCGCCUGCGUCAUUUGGAGUUGGAAUAUUGCACAAUACUUGAGAAGGUGCCAGAUGUGCUUCUCCAGAAAACCACUCUGGAGGAGCUGACAAUAAACCACAGUGGCGGGCUGGGGAGUUGCCAGUCGAAGGAGAUACUCCCCAGUGGAAUGGGGAAUAAGCUAGUCAACUUGAAGCAUCUUGAAAAUCACGAGGUGCCAGCGGUGCUCCCAAGAUCAAUGGCCAGGGGAGGGAGCAUAUGCCCUAGCUGGUUACUGUCACUCUCCAACUUAACAUCCCUAACCUUCUAUCGGUGCCCUGAAGUGGAGUAUCUGCCCCCUUUGGGCGCCCUGCCCUCCCUCGAAGAGCUUCACUUGCGUGGCAUGGGUAAAGUGAAGAAGGUUGGCCUUGAGUUCAUGUUGGAGACCAGUGUGAUACAACAGCAGCUACGGAUGGGUAACAACAAAGGCCGUAAUAUUAUUGCAUUCCCUAAGCUCAAGCUGCUUAGUUUUUCGUGGAUGUGGGAUUGGGAAGUGUGGGAUUUAGAAGGUGAUGAUCAAGAAGCCGGGAUUCUCAGCUCGAUGACGGUCAUGCCCCGCCUGCGUCAUUUGGAGUUGAAAUAUUGCACGAUACUUGAGAAGGUGCCAGAUGUGCUUCUCCAGAAAACCACUCUGGAGGAGCUGACAAUAAACCACAGUGGCGGGCUGGGGAGUUGCCAGUCGAAGGAGAUACUCCCCAGUGGAAUGGGGAAUAAGCUAGUCAACUUGAAGCAUCUUGAAAAUCACGAGGUGCCAGCGGUGCUCCCAAGAUCAAUGGCCAGAUUAGGUAAUCCUCUAAAGACGUUAACGACAUUUAAAGUGGCUUACGACGACGAGGAUGAUACGGAGGGAGCUGGAGCUGGAGCUGGAGCUACUAAUAUUGGGGAUCUAGAGUUCAUGAACCGGAUUCAGGGAUCCCUCACAAUAGAAGGGUUAAGUAAAGUAACAAACUGUGAGGAGGUGAAGCGUGCAGAGCUCGCCAAGAAAGAAUCUCUGACUCGUUUAUCUCUGGAAUUCCAAUCCAAUCAAGAAGAAGCCGGUCACAAUCACAAGGAAGAACAAGUGCUGGAAGCCAUAAGACCAUCAUCAGUAAGUUUGGAAAAACUGGAUGUACGGCACUGCAGGGGAGGGAGCAUAUGCCCUAGCUGGUUACUGUCACUCUCCAACUUAACAUCCCUAACCUUCUAUCGGUGCCCUGAAGUGGAGUAUCUGCCCCCUUUGGGCGCCCUGCCCUCCCUCGAAGAGCUUCACUUGCGUGGCAUGGGUAAAGUGAAGAAGGUUGGCCUUGAGUUCAUGUUGGAGACCAGUGUGAUACAACAGCAGCUACGGAUGGGUAACAACAAAGGCCGUAAUAUUAUUGCAUUCCCUAAGCUCAAGCUGCUUAGUUUUUCGUGGAUGUGGGAUUGGGAAGUGUGGGAUUUAGAAGGUGAUGAUCAGGAAGCCGGGAUUCUCAGCUCGAUGACGGUCAUGCCCCGCCUGCGUCAUUUGGAGUUGGAAUAUUGCACGAUACUUGAGAAGGUGCCAGAUGUGCUUCUCCAGAAAACCACUCUGGAGGAGCUGACAAUAAACCACAGUGGCGGGCUGGGGAGUUGCCAGUCGAAGGAGAUACUCCCCAGUGGAAUGGGGAAUAAGCUAGUCAACUUGAAGCAUCUUGAAAAUCACGAGGUGCCAGCGGUGCUCCCAAGAUCAAUGGCCAGAUUAGGUAAUCCUCUAAAGACGUUAACGACAUUUAAAGUGGCUUACGACGACGAGGAUGAUACGGAGGGAGCUGGAGCUGGAGCUGGAGCUACUAAUAUUGGGGAUCUAGAGUUCAUGAACCGGAUUCAGGGAUCCCUCACAAUAGAAGGGUUAAGUAAAGUAACAAACUGUGAGGAGGUGAAGCGUGCAGAGCUCGCCAAGAAAGAAUCUCUGACUCGUUUAUCUCUGGAAUUCCAAUCCAAUCAAGAAGAAGCCGGUCACAAUCACAAGGAAGAACAAGUGCUGGAAGCCAUAAGACCAUCAUCAGUAAGUUUGGAAAAACUGGAUGUACGGCACUGCAGGGGAGGGAGCAUAUGCCCUAGCUGGUUACUGUCACUCUCCAACUUAACAUCCCUAACCUUCUAUCGGUGCCCUGAAGUGGAGUAUCUGCCCCCUUUGGGCGCCCUGCCCUCCCUCGAAGAGCUUCACUUGCGUGGCAUGGGUAAAGUGAAGAAGGUUGGCCUUGAGUUCAUGUUGGAGACCAGUGUGAUACAACAGCAGCUACGGAUGGGUAACAACAAAGGCCGUAAUAUUAUUGCAUUCCCUAAGCUCAAGCUGCUUAGUUUUUCGUGGAUGUGGGAUUGGGAAGUGUGGGAUUUAGAAGGUGAUGAUCAGGAAGCCGGGAUUCUCAGCUCGAUGACGGUCAUGCCCCGCCUGCGUCAUUUGGAGUUGGAAUAUUGCACGAUACUUGAGAAGGUGCCAGAUGUGCUUCUCCAGAAAACCACUCUGGAGGAGCUGACAAUAAACCACAGUGGGGGGCUGGGGAGUUGCCAGUCGAAGGAGCUAUAUCGGGAAUCGGCUGCUCUUACAGCAAACCGGAGGAGGAGGAAGCAGGACAUGGUGAUGAUGACCACCAUGAGGAAGAAAUACGAUGGAGGAACAGGUGAUGGACCAAUCGCGAGUUCAUCGGAUCGGGCAGAGGAUAUCAAGAUGAGGCUGAUUGCUAGGAAUGGCAUUGAAGAGGGAGCAUGGAUGAUAUCAAGAGGCGUGUCUAGCUUCCCGUCUAGAUCAUUCGCUUCCGUCAUCAUGGCAGCCAUUGUUUCUGUAGUCCUGAGCGAGCUGGGUUCAAUCACCACCGAAGAGCUCAAGAAACACGCGAAGCUUGUCCUCGGCGCAAAGAAAGAUGUGGAGAAGCUCAUAUCCACUUUCAACGCCAUCGAAGCUCUGCUGUUGGAUGCAGAAGAGAAGCAAUUGAAGGAUGAAGGCGUCGAAAAAUGGUUGAAGAAGCUCAAGGACGUGUCCUACGAGAUCGAUGAUGUGCUGGACGAGUGGAGAACCAAGAUCCUCAAGCGUCAACUCAAAGGAGGCGGCGGCGGCGAUCAACACGCUCGGUGCAGCUGCUUGGAGUUGAAGCUGCUUCGGAUCUCCGAUGUUCUUAAACGAGUAUGCUGUUUUCUUCCUACUUGCUGUGACAAAAUCGGUCUUCGGUAUAAUACCGCUUCGAGGGCAAAAAGUUUGAAUGAGCGUCUAGACGAUAUAGAUAAGGAGAAAAAUAGGUACCCGUUGACUCGUAGGGAGAAGUCUUCGUACACAAGUUUGCAAACUAGUUCCAAUAUCAAUUUCUCCAAUGUGAAAGGCAGAGAAGAAGAAUUAAGAAUAUUGAAGGACAAGUUAUUGGAUGAUGAAAGUGUCAAAAGCAUAUCUAUCCAAGGUCCCGGUGGGUUUGGGAAGACCACAUUGGCCAAAAUGCUAUACAAUGAUAAAAAAGUAGAAGCUCAUUUCGACAAAAGGAUAUGGGUCUGUGUGUCCAAUCAUUUUGAUCAAGCAACUGUUGCUAAAUCCAUACUUGAAUCUUUCAAGAAAUAUACUCAAGGAAGUACAAUUCCACACAUGUUGGAAGAGAUAAAUGCGCAUACGAAGGGCAAGAAGUUCCUUCUUGUUCUUGAUGAUGUGUGGGAAGCUGAUCAGAGCAACUGGGAUGAACUAAUAACUUCUGUUUCCGACGGAUUACCUGGAAGCAAAAUCUUGUUGACUACACGAAAAAAGGAGGUUUCUUGGGCGUUACAUUGUGCGGACGACGAUAUUUUGCUUAUACAGAAGAUACCUGAGGAUGUGUGUCAAGCUAUUUUCACACAAAUUGCAUUUUAUAGAUGGAGCGAUGAGGAUAGAGAACGUGUCGAAUAUCUUUGUGAGAGAGUGGUAGAAAAGUGUUAUGGUUCACCGCUUGCUGCAAAAGUUUUGGGAGGGGUACUACAUGUGAAAAGAUCUAAAAGGGAAUGGAUUCAGCUUCUCGGAAGUGAAAUGUGGGAGAUGAAAGAAGGAAGAGAAAAAGUCCUUGCUCCUCUAGCUUUGAGUUACUAUGAUUUGCCUCCGGCGCUUAGGCAGUGCUUUCAGUUCAGUUCAGUAUUUCCGAAGGAUCACCAAAUGGAGAAGGACGAAUUGAUUAAGUUGUGGAUGUCACAGGGUUUUCUCAAGGCAACAACGAACCAAGAUAUGGAGGAGGUCGGUGAAGAGUACUUUCAAAUAUUAGUUAUGCGGUCUUUCUUCCAAGAUGUGGAAAAGGGAGAGAAGAUGGGUGAGGAAAAAACAUUAUGCAAGAUGCAUGAUUUGGUUCAUGAUUUUGCCCGACUCACAACCAAGAACGAGUGCAUCAGUAUUCUGAAGCAAGAUAGCUCACUAAACUUGAACAUCAAUGAGGUUCGUCAUUUGAUGGUACAAGUUUUGAGUAGCGAGGAAACCAACAAACUCAUGUCCUCCAUCAUUUCUUCACGCCUCUCUUCAACAAAGCGCAAUAAUUAUCUACGUAGUUUCACAGUGAAAUAUGGAAGUGCUAUUGAAAUUGAGGUAUAUGCUCAUUUGCGAGGCAUAAGAUCGUUAAUCCUCAACCAUUGUGAUACGAGAGAAAUACCAUCGGCAAUCUCCCAGCUAGUUCAUUUGAGACAUUUGGAUUUGUCCAAUAACAGGUACUUGAGGGAGCUGCCGGAAGAAAUAUGCGAGUUGUAUAAUCUCGAGACUCUGUUCCUCAAUGGCAACAUGAAAUUGGAGAGGCUCCCCAGUGGAAUGGGGAAUAAGCUGGUGAACUUAAAGCAUCUUGAAAAUCACUUGGUCCCAGCGGUGCUCCCAAGAUCAAUGGCCAGGCUAGGUAAUUCCCUGAAGACAUUAACCACGUUUAAUCUGGAGGCUGAUGCGGAGGGAGGUACAAAUAUUGGGGAUCUAGAGUGCAUGAACCGAAUUCAGGGAUCCCUUAGAAUAAGAAGGUUGGGCAAUGUAACAAACUGUGCGGAGGUGAAGCGUGCAGAGCUCGCCAAAAAAGAAUCUCUGACUUCUUUGCAACUGGAAUUCAACUCCAGAAAAGAAAAGGCCAGCGACAAGGAAGAACAAGUGUUGGAAGCCAUCAUGCCAUCAUCAACAAGCUUGGAACGCCUACGUGUAGCAUGGUACAUGGGAGAAAGCAUAUGCCCUAGCUGGUUGAUGUCACUCUCCAACUUAACAUCCCUAGAAUUCGAGGGGUGCGAUCAAGUGGAGCAUCUUCCCCCUUUGGGGGCCCUGCCCUCCCUCGAAGAACUUCGCUUGGAUAACAUGAAUAAAGUGAACAAGGUUGGGGUUGAGUUCUUGUUGGGUGACAACAAAGGCCGUGAUAUUGUUGCAUUCCCUAAGCUCACGCUGCUUAGUUUUUCGUGGAUGAGGGAUUGGCAAGUGUGGGAUCUAGAGGGUGAUGAUCAUGAAGCCGGGAUGCUGAUCAGCUCGAUGACAGUCAUGCCCCGCCUGCGUUGCUUGAAGUUUUUCCACUGCGAGAAGCUUGAGAAGGUGCCGGAUGUGCUUCUCCGGAAAACCACUCUGGAGCGGCUGGAGAUAUACAGCAGUGGCGGGCUGGGGAGCUACAGGUUCAAUCUUGUCGACCUUUGGGUUCCGAUUCUGGAACAGGAGGAUACCGCCGGGUUGGGGAUCUACAGGUCCUACCUUAAUAAAGGCAAAAUGGCGCCGAAGGAGGUGUGGGACAAAAUCUCUCACAUCCCCACCAUCAUCCUCCAUGGACAGGACAUCCGAACAUUAUUCAAGACCCAGAUUGAAUCCAUGUCGGGAAUCGGCUGCUCUAACAGCAAACCGGAGGAGGAAAAAGCAGGACAUGAUGACGAUGAGGAAAUACGUUCAGAGUGAGCAGAGCAAGAGCAAGAGCAACGCACUCAUGAUUCGUUCUUCCCGGCCAAUCACCUCCCCUCUAUCGGUCCAACCAAUCCGCCCCCAUCUACGCUAGCAGCUGCCACCCGCACCCGGCUGCCGUUCAGUUAUCGUUUUACAGCACAGAUUUCAGAUUGACGCUUGAAGUACUGUGACGAACAUUUGCUUGAAUCGUUUAAGACAACAAUAAGAGUGUGCAAACAGAACCUCUGCCUCCAUCGCGAGCAAGUAUGUCUGUUGUUUGUUUGUUUGCUUUCAGUCACUGUGCUAGACUUGGCAACCAGAACCUCUGUAUGCUGUAUGCGAGUUUGUUUGUUUGUUUGUUUUGUGUCGACGUUGUGCUUUGUGGAGAGUUACUCAUCUAGUGGCAUAACAAACUCUCUAGUUUCUUCGUUGGUAGUAUGCUACCAUAUGUAUCGUUGUUAAGCGUCUU